AUGCUUUCCCAGGUUUUCCUUAUCGUUGCAGGACUGUCCUUAGCGUCCUCCGUGUGCGCUGCACCCUCGCUGGGAUCUCGGGCUACCUCCGAUCCAUCCGCUUUCGCAGACUUGCAGCGAGCGGCCGAGCUCUCCUCUGCUGCCUAUACAGGCUGCUUGGGCUCUGCUUUCGAUGUCACCAUCACCAAGCAGAUCUAUGAUCUGGCAACCGAUACCCAGGGUUAUAUCGGCUACUCGACCACGAAGAAGACUAUCGCGGUCGUCAUGAGAGGAUCGACCACGGCCACGGAUAUCCUCAACGACGUCGAAUCCACCCAGGUCACGCCGACCUUGGCUGGCGUUAGCUUCCCCUCCGGCGUCACCAUCAUGAAAGGCGUGUACGAACCCUGGGCCGCCGUCCACGACGAAGUCAUCGCCGAGGUCCAGAGCCUGAUUACCCAGUAUCCGGGCUAUACGCUCGAGUCCACAGGACACUCGCUUGGCGGCUCCCUGACAUACAUGUCUUAUAUCGCCUUGGCGCAGAAUUUCCAAACCAAGUCGAUCAGAAGCAAUGCCCUCGCGGCCUUUCCGAUUGGCAAUCAGGCAUUUGCCGACUUUGGCACUGCGCAGAACGGGACGCUUAUCCGGGGAAAUAAUGUGAAUGAUGGUGUUCCCAACAUGUAUGUCACGGCGCCGUAUAACUUUGUUCACUAUGGAAUUGAGUACUACAGCUACGGUACUGCAGCCACUACCCUCAAAUGUUCCGGCGAGAGAGAUCUGCAAUGCUCCGCUGGAAAUGGCAUGGUAGGCGUGACAGCGGGUCAUUUCAGCAGCUUCGGGAUCACACUUGGAUCUGCAGGCUGCGGACCCUAG